UGCGGGUUUACGCGGGAAAUUGCGUUAACUGGUUCCCAGUCUUUUUUUUUAAUUUUACUAUUUUAGGUAAUUUAGAAAGCUAUACAAACAUAUUUACAUUGUUACUGUGUAAUAAAGUAUUAAUAAAGUUUAAUACAGUAACAUUUUUCAAAUAUUUUUUUUGUUUUUCUGAGAAAUUUCUCUUCGGAAAUUAUCGGGAACAAGUCGACAACAGUCGCCAUUGUUUAUUGUCACCGUUCUUGUUAUUAAAAAACAAAACAAGAUGGCGGCAGAAUUGAAAGAAAUGGUUCGUAAACAAUUGCUGGAAAACAUCAAUCAAGGUAAGAUAUUGUAGCGAAGAUAUAGUUUUAAGAAAGGAAAUAUGUCUAGCUUUGGUUUGUUUUAAAUAUUUGUAGGAAAUGUUGAAGAAGUUCGCCGUAUUUUGGAUGUUGGCCAAAUAAAGGUUGACAGUUUAGAUGAGGUAAUAUACUACUACGAAAAUAUUUAUUAUUCAUACUUUGCUAUUGUAAAUUAAUCGUUUUUGUAUUAUUUUUUAUCUUUCUGUGCACAUAAUUUCCUAGUCAUUGAUAGCGAUAUUAUCUCUAGUAAAUAUGAUGGCAUGCCUAUAGAAAAAUCUAUAUACAUGAAUCCUAGUUAGUGGUGCAACAAUAUACAGCAUGUGAAUGAUUCCAAACCUCACAAGCAGAAAAUUCUGCCUGCUGCGGCUGGGUUUCAAAUCCAUGAAAAAAGGUAUAUAUAUAUAUAUUAAAGGUAUGUAUAUAUAUAUUUCACCACAGAAUGGCAUGACACCAUUAAUGCAAGCUGCAUACAAAGGAAAACAUGAGAUUUGUGAGUUACUGAUCGAGAGAGGAGCUGACGUCAACUGUAAUAAACACGAACAUAAGGUAAUGACCAAAUAAACCACCUUAAUAGCAUCUACACGAUUACAACACUUACAAUCAUAGACAAAACUCAUGCGGACAACUUGGUCUAAAUUGAGUUUGUCACCUUAGCUGCGAG